CCCCUGGUGGACGGGUGCGGCGCUGCAGCAUCAGUCCCCGCUGAGAAUAGUUCAGUUUCGGUUUCUAUUCCUCGGAAACGACAGUGAACUAUCCUCCCCCUGUACGUGAAAGGCUGUACGUCGACUUCUGCAGGGAGACAGACAGAGCACAGACGAACCCCAGACAGAGAUGGAGGAGUCGGACAUAUUCAAGUUCAUCUGUGCCAACAGAGGAGCGGUGGACUCCGAGGAACUGUGCAACGUGGGCUUCGCCAACGUGUCGCAGAUCAUCAGGACUAAGAGGUUUCUCCUGUUCGGAGGUGGAGGAGGAGAAGGCCAGGAGGUGGUGGUGGCCAGGACCCGGCUGAAGCUGUGCAGGGCCAAGGACUGUCCGGGGACAUGUUCGAGACUCCACCUGUGUAAACACGUCCUGUUCAGCGGCGUCUGCUCCUUCACCCUGCUCAGGGGACGAUGCCUCUUCUCCCAUGAGCUGAACUCUGAGCACAAUGUGAGGGUACUGAGGGAGCACAAAGUGGAGAGCCUGAGCCGGACAGAGCUGUGCACGCUGCUGCUGCAGAACGACCACUCGCUCACGCCUGAUAUAUGUCACGAUUACAACAACGGCGAUGGCCUGUUUGGCCUGUGUCAGGCCGGGGCUGACUGCGUAAGACUGCACAUCUGUGAGCGGUACCUGAAGGGGAACUGCACCUGCUCCAGGACUCACAACUUCAGUGCUCCACAGCCACUGAAGAUCCUGAAGGAGAGAGAUGUGCCUGACGAAAUCAUCAACUCCUUGAAAUUUGUCUACAGGAACAAAGAGGCUUUAAGGUUGUCUGGCCAAAGGGGAGAUCGUCAACAGCAGCAACCGGGCUUUUCUACCAGUGACGGCCAUGCUGCUGCCAACUUUACUGGCGAGUACUACAGGGGGAGAGGCGGAAUCCGGGGAAACAGGGGCAACAGGGGCAACAGGGGAAACAGGGGAAACCGGGGCCACAGGGGUAAUAGGGGUAAUAGGGGAAUACAGGGCAACAGGGGAAUUCCGGGCAACACUGGAAUUCGAGGCAACAGGGGAAACCAGGACGUUGAUCAGCUUCAACCAUCCGGUUCCACUAGUGACUGCCUUAUCGACUUCGACGACUUAGAUCUGUACACAGAAGACGGACUGAGCGAAGACAACAGUGAGCAGCGACAACCAAACUCUUCCUCCAUCACUGAUGCGAGCAGCGACAAUGGGAGAGGUGGUUACCAGGGCAACCGGGGCAACAGGGGAAACCAGGGUGGCCUCCAGCAGCACCGAUCCUCUUCCUCUGGUGACCUCCUUGCUGAGUUCGAUGACUUAGAUCCCUUUAGCAAUAAGGGACAGAGCGACGGCUUCGGAGGAGAGAUGAGAGGCUCAGGGGUGAGAGGUGGUUACCAGGGCAACAGGGGCAACAGGGCCAACAGGGGAAACCAGGGUGGCGUCCAACAGCCGCACCGAUCCUCUUCCUUAGAACGCCUCGUUGACUUCGAUACCAUGGCUCUCUUAAGCAAUAUGGGACAUAGCGGAGGCUUCGGAGGAGAGAUGAGAGGCUCAGGGGUGAGAGGUGGUUACCAGGGGAACAGGGGCAACUAUCAGCGGCGGCCGAACACCAACAACGAUGACCCGAGCAAGAGACAGAGACAAUGGCCUGGCAGAGAUAAAACUGAGAUCUGUAUGCAUUUCAUCAUAGGACACUGUAAGCACGAGGAUAAGUGUUUCAGACAUCACGACAAGAUGCCGUACAGGUGGCAGGUCAAAGAGGGGAUGGAGUGGACCGCCCUGCCCAAAAAUGAGGCGAUUGAAAAGGACUUCUGUGACCCCACAAAAACACACAGUGGUACUACCGAUCCUGUCGAUUUUGACAUCAUGACCUGUGGACCCAAUAAAGUGCGACGACUCUCCACCUGUAACUCUCUGGUUCAGCCGAGCUACCUCCACACCACCGAGUGGGUCUGGUACUGGGAGGAUGAGUUCGCAAAGUGGAACGUGUACACUUCAUCCCCCGCAACAGACAUGGAAAGCAGUGAGCUGGAGAAGAGGUUCUUGGCCAACCCCAGUGACGUGGUGGACUUCAUCGUUGGUUCCCAGUCGUAUUCACUCAGCUUCCAGGACAUGAUACAAACAAACAACCAUUUUGGCACAAAGAGACUCGUGAGGAGACGGCCCCGGUUCGUCUCUGCAGCCGAUGUCAAAGCAAAGAGAAUAAGGAGGCCUCUGGAUCAACCAAGCUUUCUUGCUAUACCAGACCACUGGGACAAGACACAGAUUCCUGCAACAGGAUACAAGCGAGUCUCCCUGCAGCGCACCUCACAGGAAUUUAUGAAGAUCGCAGCUAUGUUCUUUACAACCAUGAGAGGCUUUGACAUCGUCACAAUCGAGAGGAUUCAGAACAAACCGCUGUGGGAAAGCUUUCAGUUGCAGAGGACUCAGAUGAGGACCAACAACGGUGGACGCAACGUGGAAGAAAAAAAUCUCUUCCAUGGCACUGACUCCGUACACGUGGAUGCCAUCUGCCUCACCAACUUCGACUGGAGGAUCUGUGGAACUCAUGGAACUGCUUUCGGCACAGGUAGCUACUUUGCCCGCGACGCCAAAUACUCCCACAGCUACACCGAUGACUCUGACGUCAAAUCCAUGUUCAUCUCACGGGUGCUGGUGGGAGACUUCACCAAAGGUUCCUCUGUCUACCGCCGCCCUCCUUCCAAGGACGGCAGCCCCGCAAACCUCUAUGACAGCUGCGUAGAUGACGUCACACGCCCGUCUAUCUACGUCGUGUUCGAUAGGCAACAAAUCUACCCCGAGUACCUGCUGCAGUACAAGACCUCAGACCUCAAGACAGUACACCACCAGCCUGCUACCAACCCGUACGUCAACACUGUACCUAGUUUUGUACGCAGCACAUCAGCUCAGUCUUACACAGCUGCAAACCAACCCAGCAAGACAGUACACCACCCGCCUGCUACCAACCCGUACGUCAACACUGUAUCUAGUUUUGUACGCAGCACAUCAGCUCAGUCUUACACAGCUGCAAACCAACCCAGCAAGACAGUACACCACCCGCCUGCUACCAACCCGUACGUCAACACUGUACCUAGUUUUGUACGCAGCACAUCAGCUCAGCCUAACACAGCUUCAAACCAACCCAGCAAUUUGAGAUACAAUUCCCAGUCAGCCACCUUCCAGUACCCACGCUCUGCAUCGUCUUCAUCUCUACCCGAAAAGAAAAAGUCUGAUUCCUGUGUCAUUGCUUAGGUGCCAAGUUGAAGUGAAUGGAUCAUGCAAUAGUAGAAAUCCUUUUUGUUUGACAGGAGAGGAGAGUUGAAGGAGCUCCUGCAGAAUGCUUUGGAUGAUUUGAUGCAAUGAUUUAAAAUGGUAAGGAACUGACUAAGAAAGUGUGUACUGAGGAGUUUAUGAAGCCUGCGAUGGAGUCGAUUAACUUGGUUAAACUCAAAUUAUAAACCACAUGGAUAGAAACAGUAGUGGGCACACAGGAAAUUGAUUUACAGUAACCGGGUGAGCAUUAAAUCUUGAGCUGAUCAACCAGUGAAUUGCAAAUGUUAAUAGUUUGUAAACGGUUGAUGGUGCUUAUUGUUCAGUGAGGCGCUAUUAGUCUCUCGAUUUCCUCUUUGGCAGUUUUUCAUUGCAUCAGUUUCCAUGGCUUUGAAUACGUUAUGAUUGAUUAAGUUUUCAUUGUUAUAACUUUACAACCUUUGCCACACAUUUGACCUUUUUUCUGCAGCAUAUAAUUUUUUUUGAAUUUCCACUCUUAACACCUUAAAAUAGUUUGUAACCAUCAUUGUUUUGAACACUUAUAAAGUAACAAACACAAGUGCAGUUCUGAUAGAUGUGCUGAGGAAAUGUUAAACAAUACAUCCGAUUAAACAUGUUCACAAUAGAUAGUUUACGAAGUCAUCGUGGAAUGAAGUGAUGCUGCUGCACACUGCGACAAUCAAUUCUCGUCAAUUCAAAAAUUAACUCGAUGGCUGCUUUCCCAAAAUGUCAUUGGAUUUAGUUUGACUCAAUGAAAGUGUGCAGUUAUUGAUUAUUGAAAUCGAAACCUACAGAUAAUGCGUAGUCAUUCACAGUAUGAUUCCUCUGUCGCUGAAAAUAUUGUAUCGUUAACACUGUUGUGCAUUAAAAAUAAAUGUAAUUUUUAAUGGAAAA